CCCUCAACUUUGGCCGCGAAGCCUCUCCACACCGAAAGAAGACAAGAACAACGGAAGAGAGGCCUUCUUGCUGCCGCCGGAGUCCCCGGCUCCGGCCGUAACUCCCUCCCGCCUCCUCCUUUCUCUCUGCCUUCGUCGCUGUCGCCGGGCUCUGACGCGGCCUCCGACGAGGUCUCGGUGGCGGAGUUGGGGGAUCUCGAGGAGGCCGAACCCUGACAGGAUUGCCGCAUGAUGGGGUUUUCUCUCUUUCUGAUGAAGACGUCGACGAGGCUCCUGUGGAGUACGUCGUUCUUCCGCCACAAGAGCAUCGUCUUCUUCUGAACCGAUCAAGGAGACCUCCUUAUACAUAUAGAUAUAGCACGUAUUGAUAUUGAUCUCGAUAGACGCUGCUAUAGCAAGCUUCGAUCUUGGUGGAAGAAGGAGAGGGGAGAGAGAUCUCGUCAGCGGCCGCACUGAUCUGUGUUCGAGCUAGGGCGAUGGACUCUGGCCGUCUGAUCUUUCAUUCCUCCUUGUCGCACGGCCACCACGGGCAGCAGAUGAUCCUCCUGGGCGGCGGCGGCCCGGUGUUCGGAGGGGCGGGACCAGCUGUGUCUGCGGUCGAGGGCGCGAGCAAGCGCCGGCCCUUCUUCACGUCGCCAGACGAGCUACUGGAGGAGGAGUACUACUACUACGACGAGCAGCUGCCGGAGAAGAAGCGCCGCCUCACGCCGGAGCAGGUACACCUGCUGGAGCGGAGCUUCGAGGCGGAGAACAAGCUGGAGCCGGAGAGGAAGGGUGAGCUCGCACGGAAGCUGGGGAUGCAGCCAAGGCAGGUGGCUGUUUGGUUUCAGAAUCGCCGCGCCCGGUGGAAGAACAAGCAGCUGGAGCACGACUUCGACCGCCUCAAGUCCUCCUACAACACCCUCCUCGCCGACCACGAUUCCCUCCUCAGGGAGAACGACCGCCUCCGCUCCCAGGUGAUCUCACUGACCGAGAAGCUCCAGAUCAAUAAGGCUACAGCCCCGACGGCAGCCGCAGGGAUCACCGGGACAAAAGCGGGCGACCAUGCCGCAUCAGCUACCGACCUCGCGUCCCUGGCAGUGCAGAAGAAGGCGGAGGACAGGCUGAGCACGGGAAGCGGCGGGAGCGCGGUGGUCGACGCGGAGUGCCCGACCCACCUGUUGGACAGCGGCGAGGUGUCCUUCUUCCCCGAAGGCUACCACGGCGACGUAAACGACGCGGCUAAUUGUGACUGCUAUUACGAUUCGAUGUUCGUGGGGGAGCACCAUCAUCACCACCACUACCACCACCACCACCAGGAGGAUGCCCAGCUGGGGUUGUGGGUUUGGAACUGAACAGAACGAGCACACGGUGUCACUGCAGCUUCUUCUUCCUCUCCCCCUCCUUCAGUAAGUAUCUAUGGCUACUACUAGUACGUGAAGUAUGAGUUGUAAUCUGCGGUAUGCUUUGGGAUGUGUACAAAUGUCUGGAAUAAGUGGCUGGAGGCGAAGACUCUCCCUGUGCAUGGUAUUAUUAUGUUCUUGACGGUGUUGCUGCCGUUGCGGUUAUGUUGUUUUGGGGAUACAUUGAGCCAAUCAUAAUCAUGAUCAAGUUGAUGAUGUGCAAUUCAACUA